GCAUUCACGCCUUUGGACAUUUGAGAGGAUGACUGAGAACAAUAUGCUCCAAACCAAAAUGUUAGCAAGGAAAAGGUUUCUAUUGCCGAACGAAUGAGAAUGGUUAUUGACUUGCUCAAAGCACUAGCGUCUCUGUCGUCUAAGAAGACAGUAGCAACACACCAGCCAAUACGACACUUGCCAGAGUAUAGCGACCAACCAUACUGGUGCAGAAUUCAGGGGUAAAGCCUACUAAAGGAGCUGCGUGAUUGAAGUGUGUGGAAACCACGUGUUCACAUCCAUCCAUCAGCUGAAGUAGUGAGGCAAUACGGCAGGCAACAGCUGUAAACAUUUACUGGAGGAGUAGCAGCGCUAAGUUCUGCGAAACGCCAUGUGUAUCUAUGAUAAUGGCACGCAGGUUCGGAUGGGAGUCACUAAAGGCUCGAUGGUACUGACUGCCCUGACUGCCAGUCUGUCUCUAUUCGGCAGUGCUGCUAUUAUUAUUACGUUCAUACUAUGGCGAGAGAUACGCACCACGUCCAGGUACAUUCUCGUGUUCAUUUCUAUAGCCGAUUUUCUGACGAGCGGCGGCAAUCUCUUCGGAGCCAUAGUGCCUGAUCACAUAAUCAACGGUUAUGAUGUGUGCGCUGUGCAGAGUCUAGUGACCACCUCCAGCUGCCUGUCAUUCAUUAUGUGGACCAUAAUACUAGCUCUGUACCUCUAUCUGAGUAUUGUCCGUGGAAAGGUGCAGCCUUCGUACGAGAUGAAAUACGUGUGGGUUGUGUUCGGUUGGGUCAUUCCGCUCACGGUCACCAUAUUCGCUUACCUGCUCAACGUCCUGGGCGAUGACAAGUCUGCAGCAUCCGCUGGUUGGUGCUGGUUGAAUGAGGAGCCGGAGUUUCCAAGGGAAAUAAAGUGUUCUCAGGCUCGACUCAUGUGGUCCUUGCUAACAGGGAAAGGCUGGGAAAUCCCAUCCUAUUUCAUUGUUCCCAUCCUGUACUUCAAAGUGAAGCGACACAUUUCAAAUGAGAGUCGUACAACUCGCCAUACACUGGUCACAGCUCAGUCCAUGCACGCUGCUCAGCUAGUCAACCGCAAGCUGGCGUUCGUCCCAAUGGCGUAUGUACUGCUGCGGAUGUGGGGCAGCGUGAGAUACAUUUUCGACAUAGCGGGGGUUGAUGACGUCAUCUACCGGGAUCGAAGAUGGCUGUACAAUGUAUUCCUGUGCCUGCAGGCGAUUGGUGAUAAUGGCCAAGGCUUUGCCAACUUCAUCCUAUUCUGCAUCUUCACCAAGUCGGUGCGGAACAAAAUCCUCGGCAAGUUUAUCUAUUCCUGCUGCAUGGUGAAGCGAGAGAGUCCUGAGACUUUACCUAUAUUGCGUAGCCAAAGGCGGCACGACACACGGAGAACGAAGUCGGAUCUGCCGCGCAAGCCGUCUGGCGACAAGGAUCGCAUGGCCACAGUAAACAUUGAGACGCAAGUAUCGCUAAGUCACAGCGACAGUAUACCGUAGGGAGUAUACAGAAUCAAACUUCAUAUGCUUAGGAACAUAUUCACAUCCGAACUAUCCUUUCACUUGAAUGUUCCUACCCUACGUACAACUAGUUUGUGCUGAAUGCACCUACUGGUACUUGCUUAGUUGAUCUACAAUGCAUACUUGACAAUUGUACCACUCAUUGCCGAACCUAGACUAGACAUUAGCAAUUCCACCACAGGUAUAAGCUCUCUGCGCUUCACAGCAGAUUGCAUUCUUCUAGGGUGAUAUCCACGACUGUGUGCCUCCUUUGAGGAAUUUUUUUCCACUCUACUUCCACCUUAUCCCAUGACUUCAUCAGAACAAGCAGCUUCAGCCCAAAGAUAGGCCUUUUGAUCAUACAUACCGGCAAUGCAAUAAUGCCCCACGGGCACCUUCACUACAAAAUUUGACUCCAAGGCACGACACCUACCGCUAUUUUCCCUACAUGCCCUGCCUCCAGCCUUUCUUUUCAGUUUGAUAUUGUAGCAGAAUUGCAGAUGGAAAUGUAUUUGAGAUUUCGUGUAUUGGAAUUUUGCAGCAUAACUGGAC